AUGAGGAUGUCUGGUACCGUUGCUGUAAAGGACGACCCCGACGUGAUGAAGGGAUCGGAGACCAACCUGGAACACUCCAGCUCACUUGAAAACCUCCUCCAACCUGCAGGACAAGACAGAGCGCCAAUGGAAAGAGAGGAGAGCGGCGAGAGCAGACAGGACGCCACGCGAUCAGUGCAGCCUUUGGGGCAGACAGGAAGAAAGACUAAGAUAAAGCUAAUUCGAAGCCUGGCAGUUUGUGAAGAGUCUCCUCCUCCUUCCACAGCUGACAGCCCGCUGGACGUACAGGAACCGAUACCAGUCCAGCCUGCGCCAUCGCCAGGAAAAGAAGAAAAGCCUUUGAAGGAUGAAACUGAGAAAGGAAAUGAAAAGUCCACACGUAAAAUGCUUUCACGAGAUUCCAGUCAGGAAUACACCGAUUCCACUGGUAUAGACCUCCAUGAGUUUUUGGUGAACACACUGAAAAGUAACCCCAGGGAUAGAAUGAUGCUGCUGAAAUUAGAACAGGAUAUAUUAGAUUUCAUCGCAACCAAUGAAAUACAACGCAAGAAGUUCCCGCCGAUGACCUCGUAUCAUAGGAUGCUUCUGCACAGAGUCGCUGCGUAUUUUGGCCUUGAUCAUAACGUCGAUCAGAGUGGAAAAUCUGUCAUUGUGAAUAAAACAAGCAAUACAAGAAUCCCUGAUCAGAAAUUCGAGGAACAUAUCAAGGAUGACAAAAGCGUGGAUUUCCAGAAGCGUUACAUUCUCAAGAGGGAUAACUCCAGUUUAGACAAAGAUGAUAAUCAGAUGAGGAUGAGAUUAAAAGAGGACAGAAGAAGCAAAUCCAUUGAAGAACGGGAGGAAGAAUACCAGCGAGCCCGUGAGAGAAUAUUUGCGCAGGAAUCAUUAUGUUCUCAGGAGAAUUACCUCACCGAUAAGAGAAUCCAAGAGGAAGAGUCUAAUAUUACCCAGCAAAGACGUCAGAUAUUUAGGAUCAAUAAAGACGCUUCAGGUAGAUCAGGAAACAGCCUCUACAGCAGUACUGAGAAUGACCUGAAGUACAAUGAGCCACGGCCGUGGAGCAGUACCGACUCUGACAGCUCCAUCAGAAACCUGAAGCCCGCUGUCACCAAAGCUAGCAGCUUCAGUGGGAUUUCGGUUUUGACACGAGGAGAUAGCUCUGGAAGCAGCAAAAGCACAGGCAGGCUUUCCAAAACAGGUUCAGAGUCUUCUAGUAGUGUAGGGUCAUCCACUGGUUCUUUGUCCCACACCCAGCAGCCUCUUCCAGUAACCGCCAUAAACCAACCCUCACAUGGCACAGCUGCCGUCUAUCCGACUGUCAGCACUAGUAAUUCUCUUUCCUUUGAUGGUGGCAUAAGUGGGCAAGUGGCUCCAUCUAGCACUAGCUUCUUUUUGCUUCCCUUGGAAGCUGCAGGCAUUCCUCCUGGCAGUAUUUUGAUCAACCCACAAACAGGUCAGCCAUUUUUAAACCCAGACGGCACUCCAGUUGUGUACAAUCCUCCAGUAACUCAGCAGCCGGUUAGGACCCAAGUGCCUGCGCCCGUUCCCCCUCCUCCUCCACCACCACCACCCCCUCCACCCCCACCACCCCCCCCCUCCGCAGCAAGCUCCAAACCACAUACUACCACAGCCUAUCCGGUCUCUGCCAUCUUCUUCGCAGCCUGUUCAGUACCCAGCCGUCUCUUAUCCACCCCCGCUCCUGCAGGUCUCACCCACUCAACAGUACACUGUGCCAGAGAACCUGAACGCUCAAUUUAGCCAUAUGAGUCUUGCAAGGCAGCCGUCAGCUGAGUCUUCAGAUGCUCAUUCCACCAUGUUCCAGUCCACCGUGGUGCUCCAACCAUCUCCGCAAUCUGGCUAUAUCAUGGCGCCGCCUCCUCCACCCCCACCACCCCCACUAGGCCAGUCUCACCAUCCUCCCAACUACACUGCCUCCAGCCAGCCUGUCAAUCCGCCAGUGCUGCAGCCACAGGGAUACAUUCAGCCCCCCUCUCUCCAGCAGAUCCCGACCUGCUACUGUACUCCAAAUCAAUUUUCCCACUCAAACCAACAAUAUCGACCAGUAACAUCUGUCCAGUUCAAUUCCCAACCAAACCAAACCAAACGCUGCCACAAGCUGCCCACCAAACAGGUUAUACGACGGUAAUGCCCAGCCAGCAACCAAACUACCAGGGUAUGGUGAAUAUCCAGCAGCCUCAGAAUCAGACCUUGGUUAGUGGCCAGCCUGGCAGUCUAGCCAAUCCUAUUCAGGGUGUGAUGGUGCAGUACUCCUCAGUGCCCUCUUACCAGGUUCCAGUCCGGCAAGGCUCCCAGUCUGUAUCCCAACAGCCAUAUCACCAACAGGUGCUCAUCCCUAACCAGUCCAACCAGGGGCCCUUACCGACCGCAGGGAUGCCGGUCUAUUACAGCGUCAUUUCACCAGGGCAACAAAAUAACUUGAGCUCCUCGGUAGGAUAUAUGCACCCUCCAGGGUCUGACCAGAUGCAGUUCCCUAGAGCAACCUCUCCAUGUUCUCAAGCAUUGCAGGGUCCUCCGUGUGCAGCUGUACCAGCACCUCCCCCUGGUGGUGGAAUGGUAAUGAUGCAGCUCAAUGUUCCCAACAACCCACCACCUCAAACGCAUUCGCCACCUCAAUGGAAGCCAAAUAAAUAUUAUUGUGACCACCAGAGGGCACAUAAAACUGUAGAAUAUGGCAGCCUAGAUCCUUCUACACAGCAUAGUUCCCACAUUAGCAGUCCUGUCACAUCACCCAAUCAGUCACCAGUUCCUGUGCAGUUAGCCAACAUGAAAAACAUCCGCCCGGGUUUAACGCCUCUCCCUUUAGUUCCACAUUUUUCUAGACCUUUUGUUCCUGGCCAAGGUGAUACAAGAUAUCCGUUACUUGGUCAGCCAUUACAGUACAAUGCUCCUCAGUUAGUGCACGGACAUAUAACAAGUCAACAGGUUCA